AUGAAGGGGAGCCUACCGAGAUCACUACUAGUAAUUUUGUUUUUUUGGGUUGCUGCUGCAGCAGACAGCCAAACAAAACAGAAAACAGCAACGCACUUACGAGCAGCAGCAGCAGCAGCAACAACAGCGGCAGCAGCAGCAGCAAAACAGCAGCAGGUGCAGCAGCAGCAGCAGCAGCAGCAGGAGGUGCCUAUACACCUGAAAAAGCAUCAGCAGCAACAGCAGCAUCCACAGCAUCAGCAGCAGCAGCGGCAGCAGCAGCAGGAGGUGCCUAUACACCUGAAAAAGCAUCAGCAUCAGCAUCAGCAGCAGCAGCAGCAACAGCAGCAGCAGCAGCAGCAGCAGAUGCCUAUACACCUGAAAAAGCAUCAGCAGCAACAGCAGCAUCCACAGCAGCAGCAGCAGCAGCAGCAGCAGGAGGUGCCUAUACACCUGAAAAAGCAUCAGCAGCAACAGCAGCAGCAGCAGCAGCAGGAGGUGCCUAUACACCUGAAAAAGCAUCAGCAGCAAAACCCUCUAAAAGCUGGCGGCUUUCUGGAUAACGCAAAACUCCAUCAAGACGAUAAAAAGAAGACAGAAUAUCUAACUGAAAUAAAUAAAUAA